AAGAAGCCGGAGCGCAUGACGGACCGCAGAGCCGGGCUCAGUGUCGCGCCCGAUGCCGGGAUAACAAAGCCCCGGUUCGGCAUAUCUUAUCGUCCCUGUGCCCGGGAUAGGAGCGCAGGCCCAGGGCAGCGAGCACCCGGGGCCCGUCCCCGCCGACCUCAAAAGUCCCGUGGUAUUCCUGCGCACCUGGGCCCGCCAUAACGCACCUAAUCUCCGUUACUCCUCCGGGAAAGUGAGCGGUGAAACAUCGCCCCUCGUGACGUUGUCUCGAACUACCGAGGAGAAAAACAGGACAGCACGUCCCAGAAUCCGCAGAAACCUCGACUGAGAUUUAAGCCGACGGAAUUCCACGGCGGAACUGAAGAAUUUCUCGCAUCGAUAGCCCCGAAAGACCCGAAGAUACCUACACCGAAGAAGAUUCCAAGACUCUUCAAGAUGAAAUUCGGAGCCUGAUUAGUAUAUCGAUUAGCUCAUUACCGCUGGAAUAGUCUCUAAUCUGCAAUCCUGUACUUAUGCAGUGUCCGGGGAGACGAUCGAGUCCCGGAGAUAGGGAUGAACGCUUUAUUGUCACGAUUUGCACCGUCUCAUGGUGUCUUGUAUGCCUCUGUAUGGCGUCCGUUUAUUUGUAGGGCUAGAUAGAGUCUCCGAAAGUGGGGGAUAUUUUCUAUUCCGCCGAUUUUCUCGACCCAGGGGAAAUGGAACAUUUGGAGAAGCGUUUUGGAGCAUGGUGGCUCGCUGGAAAUCGAUGGGCGACCACUUGUUGCAGCGACCUCGUGCGCUGCAGCUGACCGUAAUUGGGCACGGUCGGUGAACCACGUCCAUGAGUGUCCACGUGGAAAUCCUUUGUGUUUCUUCCUGUCGACUCCCCGGGGGAAAAAAAAGGAAAAACUGCGAAAUCGCGUCCGGGGCUGUCAAAAAAUCCUUCAUAGAAGGUGGGAGCUCCAAAUGGCUCCGCUUUGAUAGCGCUCGAGUGAUUCACUCGUGGACUCGCCAGGUGACAAUUGCGAUUGUUGUCUGUAUUUCGAUAUUUUUACUUCCGUAAAUUGUACACACGUACAUUCAGAGAUUGUACGAGGUGACUCACGUCCGUUCGCGAGAGUGGCCGUCGCGUCUACGCGAGAGAAAUUAAUUAUAAACAUAUAUUAAACGAAUUUUUACCGAUAUAGGAGUGUUCAUGCCGGCGAGGGUGAUGGCGAAGCUAAUGAUGUAAAUUAAAAUGAUUAAGUGCCUAAAUCUGAUUUUUAAAUAAUUACAUGGAAAGGUUGUCCUACAUUUGUGAGUAAGAGUGACAGCCACGUGCGCGACCGAGAUCUGCUGAACAUCUAGACGGAUAAAUCCGUAAAUCUGCGUAUGACUAAAGUAGAGCGGAAUUGAAGCUGUAGAUAAGUAGGAAACAUAAUCAAUAGAGAAAACGACAUGUUACCCGCAAGUGCGACGACUAUCCAGGUCGUGGAACUGUAUUUUAACGGCGAAGUGACUCAUCCAUCGUCUCGUCAGGUGUAAUUACCUGUACCUGGCUUGUACGUUUGGAGUUCUACGAUCGACCGCGGAGAGUACCAAAAAAAGCAUUGCUUUCUCAACAAAGAGCCUCGCGCACUUCUUUAUCGGAAUAGCAGGGGUAUCGUCGUCGGCGCGAGUUUCACGAGCUUCCUGAAUUUUUUAUCGGACAAUUGCGAUAACUAACCCGAUGCCGAAGUGACUCAUCCAUCGGCAGAAUUGCGCGUGAAAUCAACGAACCGCGUUUCCCCAGUUGAAAGGAAAUGCUUUCGAGAGGUCUUGACCCCCAAAACGCGGAUAAUAAGUUCGAGAAGGACCCGAAAUCAAAAACUUGGAUGCGGAGCGGAAAUGCAGGUUCUGGAGAUGACGCAAAAUCCCUUCUCUGAAGUCUCCUGGAAGAGGAGGAACCAUCAGGAAGGACGGCGUUGAGGUUCACAUCUAGCCAAGAUCCCGGCUUGAAAGUGGAGGCUGAGUUCUAAGGAGCAGCUAAUUGGGGGAAACUUUGAAGAUGGAGGUGAAGCCAGUCCCGAAACCGCGAUCGCUGAUUCCAGAUCGACCAAUUCCAGCUCCGCGAACCUUCCCCGUCGCAUCGAGCCCAUCCCCACCGAUGUCCCCAAGCGAGCCCGACCCCCCAGGGGACCCAAAACCCCCACCGGAGGCAAAAGGUGAAUUCUUCCGCAGUCUAGGGAACAGUUCCAGACAGCUGAAGGAAGAGAUCUCGGAGAAGAUGACCGUGAAGGGCAAAGCAGUGAUUUCGAGCACCAGGAACGCCAGCAUGAGGCUGGAAAAAUCCGUGAAGAACCUGCUGACCCGGAGGCUGACCUCCCUUUCACAGGAGGAGAGUCAGGAUUCCCCGGAUGGAAAGUCCCCGAAAUGUCCAUCCCUGGAAGAGCGAUGCGUCUCUCUCCCAGCUAACGACAUCUUCAGCGGGAUUUCCUUCUAUAGUCCCCUGCAAUCAAACCUGAGAAGUGUCAAGAACGAGGAGGACCUGACGGGUGCAAGGUACAGUCCACCUCCACCGAUUUACCCUCCACCACCUCUGCCUGACGAGUCAAUCUACGACGAGCUGCAGUCCGUGACCUCGGGCAACAGCAGCAGAUACGACACCUUGAGUUCCACCAUGUCCGAGCAGGACUUGUCGGAACUUAGCUUGCUCAGUUUCUCCAGGACCAGGACUAGUGACUCGGAACACAGCGUCAGUGCCUUGAACUCCAAGAUGGAGAGCUUGGACGCGCCGUUCAGGAAGCUGUCCAGGUCCGAUUCGUGGACCUUCUACGACGCCACUCCAAAAGCGGAAAGAAGGAUGGAGGAGCUGAGCACGGUUGAUCAAGAGAGGGAGCCUUCGCUGGAGGAGGAAUUGGAGGCACCCAUUGAAGAGAGAAUCUCUGGAGUGUCCUGCAUCAGCCACGUUUCUAUCCAGAACUCCCUCUACGAAAACUGGACCCCCAGGAAGAUCCCCCUGGAGGAGUCCAAAGAGGAUCACCAAGAAACGAUACCGAAGCAGGUGGAACCUAAAAAGGGAUUGGAGAACAAGGAACUGGCUAGCAGGAAACUGUCCAGCAGGUCGGUGCUGGUGGAGUUUGAUCCUCUGGCCAGGACGGACGAAGCGGUCUACGGCAACUACGAGAGCAACGACAUGAUGCUGCUGGAGACUCUUCUGGCGACCAGCGAGUCCCCCAGCAGUGGAGGAAGCAUGGCGGACUUGAGGGAAGAGGAGGAAGAGGUCAUCCUCGAGGAGGAAGCGGAACAGCUCAGCCAGGGUGUCCAGAUUAAGCCUCCGGAGCCUCCCAGGAGGUACGACUCCUUGCCCAAGAACGAAUAUGACGAGGUGGAGCUGGUGGAGACCCCUGAAAAAAGCGUUGCUGGGAAGAACCCCGCGUUGCUGCCCAAGUUGGCACACCUAGCCAAGAGGAAGCAACCCGCAGUGCCGCCGAAGAAGCACUCCGUCAAAGCGCAAGACGUUCAUGGGAACAAGGGCAAGGGAGAUGGUCCUGGGAACGAGGUUCCCGAUGUUCCUGGAAUCAGGACUCAAGAAGCAUCGGCAACUUCCGCACCUGCGAAGGAGAACUCACCGGCUCAGGCUCCGAAAGUUGAAGAGAAGAGGACCUCCAUGAUGCAGAAGCUGAAGAAGCUCAAGCAGGAGUCCGGGGUCCACGUGAAGCCGAAUGUCAUGAGCUUUGUUAGGAACAGCAAACUUUUGUCCAGGAACAGGGAGCCGCAGAAUGUUGAAACUGGGUCUAAAGGGAACAUUAAGUUGGAGAGGCCUGGGGUUGUUGGGCAUUGUUCUACCACGCAUAGGGGGAUCGUUUACAAGAAUGGGGCUGGUAUUGAAAGGGCUAAGGAUCUGGUGACCAGGGCUGCCGUUUUGAGCGAUAACAAACUCUCGUUUUAUACCGAUAAGAGCAUGGCGACCCUGAAGGAAGUUGUGCAGCUAGACCUCGUGCACAGCGUGCAUCUUCUCCAGGAUGUUAAGGUUAUAGAUGGUGAGACCGUCCAUUGUAUUGCUGUAAGUGGGGAAGGAAGACCCGGUAUUCACGUUUUCUACGCAAAAGGAAUUACCGAAAGGCGAAUUUGGGCGCAGAGAAUUUUGGAAGCACUUACCUCCGUAUUUCCUGUAAAGUAUACAGCUGAGUUGACCAAAGCUGGGUGGGCCUAUAUUAAGGAAGGUGUAACCGGUGCUUGGUCUCCAGCUUGGGUACUUCUUCAGCAACGAAUUCUAGUCUAUACUCGAUCUCUGGAACAGCCGAUAUCAUUUGAGCACGUGGAUCUACGAAAAGCCCGUUGUAUAGUCCUCAGGGAACAGGAGGGUCCAAAUGGGACCUGCGGAAACGUUCCUGUGGUGGUGGUGGAUGCAGGUGGGAAAGGUGCUCUUCAUAUAGCAGCUCCAGGAUCGCGAGAAUGCCAUGCAUGGACUCAUGCAUUGCACCAAGCUGCAACCAAUUGCGGACCAGCCUUGAAUCAACAACAGCUUACGCAGGACAAUGUCCCCGUGAUCCUCGAUAAGUGCAUAAACUUCAUAUACGCCCACGGGAUCAUGUCGGAAGGCAUUUAUCGUCGAAGUGGAUCCAGCAGUGCCAUUGCCAGAUUGUUGGAAGCCUUUAGAAGAGAUGCCUGGGCCACCCAAAUCACCAGAAAUUCGUACAGCGAACAUGAUGUCGCCACUGCUCUCAGGAGGUUCCUCAGAGAUCUUCCAGAUCCUCUGUUUCCUGCAAACAUUCACGAUUCGCUGUGUCGAAUUAUCGAGCUUGCGAACGAGGACGAUCGAGUUACAACCUACAGAAAACUUCUGAGGAUUCUCGAUCCUGUAUCCUCGGCGACCCUGAGGAGGAUCCUGGCACAUCUUCAUUGUCUAAGCCAACAAUGUCCGAGAAAUCUAAUGACAGUGGAGAACCUUUCUGCAGUUUGGGGUCCGACCUUAAUGCAUGCCGGAGAAAAUAGUGCCGAGGAAUGGAACCGUUCCGAGACGAAAGUCGUCGGAGAUCUCAUCCAUCUAUAUCCGAAGCUUUAUCAGUUAUCGGCAGCAGAUUUGGCCAAGGAGGCGAAAAUUCUCGAAGUCUUGGAGAGACACCACGUAUCAAACAAUGGCUUGAGAGGAGCUCCUUCCGGGGACCUGAAAAUUUGGAUUUACAUUACCAGCAAGGAUGGCGAGUGCGUCAACGUCACGAUCGGUCCCCAAAAAACGGCCUACGACGUGUGUCGAGAACUCGGAGAGAAGGCAAAAUUUCCACCCCAUGAGCUCUGCCUUGAAGAGUUCGUCCUAAGCAGUGCUCUUCAGAGACCUCUUCAUCAUGGGGAACGCGUUCUGGAAGUGGUCGCAAGGUGGGGAUAUUUCGACCUGGAGGAUCGCAAGGAUAACAUCCUGGUCCUUACGAAGAACAGGCUGUACAACGACAUCGUACCUCUGGUAAAACCGCCGAUGACUAUAUCGGGUGAGCUGAAAUUUGCGGACACGAAGACGAAGAACUUCAAGAGCUACCUCUUCGAGUUCAGUCAAGCGAAAUUGUGCUGCUACAAGGACAAAGCCUGCUCGACGAAGCUGCACGAAUGGAGAAUCGAGGACAUCGUUUGGUUCCUAGGACAUGAGCCUAAACGCAAUCCUCAGAUGGGGUGGUCGAUUACUUUCAUGGUUAAGAAUAAAAAACCGACCAGGUGCAAGGACUCGCCCUUCUUCGGAUACACCUUAGCAGGUGCAUCCAAGAACGAGCAAUACAGGUGGUUGGCUGCAAUGCUUUUCGGGGAAUACCAACUGAACCUUCGACCUUCAGCCGUGAAUCUCAUGGAUCCCUAAUAUUCGUUUAAAACAAAACCCAGAAACACAUUUUUUAAUAGAAAAAAUAGUGUAAUUCCAAAGGAGUGAUUGUUGUCUCCGUCUUGGAACGCCUUGACUUGCCUCGUGGACAAAAUGUGGCCUUCUUAUAACACAACUCGUCCGAAAGAAUAUAUACAAUAAAAAAGUAUUAUGGAACUAGAAGGAGAAGAGCAGAAAUUAAUAAGAAAUCAUUGUAUCAUUUCCCGAAACGCACGAUUUUUCUCGAAUCAAAUUUGCUUCGAUACUAUUAAAUCCACGUUUUGGCGAAAUUUUGUUAUCAAGCACUAUUUAGAUUCAUCGUCAAUUGUGAUUAUUUAUUAAAGAUGCGAAUAGUGUUUUGAAAAUAUAUUGAAAUCUUAGGACAUCGAUGGAGGAUGAAUCGAGCGGACGGAAAUCAGAAAAGUAUUACGGAUACAUGGAUUUUCAAUUUCCAAAAUGCACAAAGGAUACGUAGGUUUUAUAUAUAUACGUAGAAUUAGAUUGCGGAGAGUGCAACAUGUUAUUUUAUAUAUUUGUAAAUUAUCGGAAAAGUUGAAUAUGUUCUUAUACUCGGCAUCGCGACCUGCCAUUGCGGCGGAAUAAAUGUCGCUUCGCAAACAUUAA